AUGGACUCCCAAAACGCCGUCCAUCAAGAUGACGUCAUCGUCGUCGACGGGCAAACAGAAAUGGAUGACUUGUUAUUCGCCCAAAAGAUGGCCGAGGUGGAGCUCAGAGCUAUGCCAUCAAGUAGUGGUUCAAAGCCGGCUGUGGCGCCGAACCUCCUGUUGAGGAAGGAGGCACAGUGUCAGGACUAUGAUGAUCUAUCUGAUGACAGUGAUAGUGAGGAGACCCCUGUAGUGCCACAAACCCAAUCGGCGGUAACUGAGACUCCUGUGAUGGAGGAGAAGAAGGAAGAGACUGAUGGGGCCGCCAAGGCUGAUAGUCCCCUCGGCAAGCCUGUGGAAUAUCAAAAGGAGAAGUCCAUGUUGGAUGCGACUAUCGAGGAUGAUGAAUCUGACACUAUGGAUGAAGAAGAGGAGAAUGUCAUCGGAUCGCUCGCAACUUUGGAAGAUACUAUUCCGGACAGUGAAGAAAUUCGGAAGAUAGGUACUGUCCAUUCGAUUGUUGAGAAGUGUAUCGUCGUCCGUGGUGAUGAUAUAGCAAGCUCUGACCUUGCCCUUGAUGUCGAGAGCGUUCUCUGUGACGAGAACCGGAAAGUGUUAGGCAUGAUAGUGGAGACGUUUGGACAGACAGCAGCCCCGAUGUACUUGGUGUAUCCGAAGAACCCUGUAGAUGAGAGCGAAUACUCGCUAGGUCCGGACACGACAGGCCCUUCGGUGUACGCGGUAGUUAGUCGGAUGAAAAUGGUGGCUAUUGCAGACGAUUGGGGGCAUGAGGGUGGUAAUGCUAUAAUGGAUGCUGGAAGGGACUCUGACGAUGAGGAGAUGAAGAGUUCUCCGCCUAGAGCAAUUGCCAAUGAACCUAGCUUUGAUGCUGAGGCUCACAUGCGUGACUUACCCCCUCCUGCAGUCAGCAAGGGGAAGGGCAAGGGUAAAGGCAAGGGAAAGGGCAAAGGAAAGGGCGCGGGUUCGAAUCACGGCAAGGGUACUUCUGAGGUUUCGGGAUAUGGAAAGGGCUCUCAGUGGGAAGGAUGGGAAGCUCCUAGUUGGGAGUGGGGCGCCCCUAGAGGAUGGGGACCGCCACCGCCGAUGUACUAUUGGGGUGAUUAUGGUACCCAAGGGGGUAGUCCUCAGGGCAAUUUCGGGAAGGGGUGGUAUGAAGGACAGAAUGCCAUGCAGGGCAAGGGCAGUUGGGCUGGGAAGGGUUACGCUGAGUGGACACCUAACAGUGAUUUCGGGAAAGGAUGGUAUGAAGGACAGAGCAACGUGAAGGGCAAAGGCAGUUGGGGUGGCAAGGGGGGCGCUGAGCAGUCAUCUAACGGCGAUAUCGGAAAGGGAUGGUAUGGUGGUAAGGGUGCCGAUAAUGGUAAAGGUGGCAGUGGGCAGCAGUGGGGUGACUGGUGGAACAAUACUCCUCAGCAGAAUUGGUGGGGAUGGUAA